GUACUCUCCCAAGCACUUAGUACAUUGCUCUGCACACAGUAAGUGCCCAAUAAAUAAGACUGAAGGAAUGAAUAGUGUGGAAGUGAAAGUUGUGGGGGACAUCAGGGAGAAGAGAGAUUUAAAACUUGGAAAUUUCUAACCUCAGAGCAUAGGUCUUACCCUAGAAAGCCACUUUACUGUUCCACUGUUCCAAGAGAUCGGAAAAUUCCCGGGACACUGGAAAGGGCUAAGAUCUUAUUAAAGAUAGGAUGGCAGGGGUGUAUAUUGGAAAGAUCAUCUCCGUGUACACACACAUUUGUGAGCAUACCAACCCCUCUCCGCUCAGAAAAUGACUCCUCACCGGAGCUGAGGGAGUGGACAACAGCAGCCUGAGCAAGAAAAAUACCAAGUCAGCUCAAACUAGAGUGAUGCUAACAGCAGAUGCUGCACACAUCACUUCUGUUGCUAAAUAGAAGGGGUGAACUGGCAGAAAACCAAUCCUAAGGAAAGCAGUACUCUGAGCUCCAUUUCUGGCAUCAGUAGUGCCACCGGAACCUAUUGUAUCGUCAAGCUCUUAGGUGGACAGAAAAUGGAUGCAUGCUUCAUCCAAAACGGAAAAAGAACAGGUGGAAGAAUCCAACUGACUCUUGUCCUUGUCAGCAAAGAGGGACUUGAGAGCACAGAACAUAUAGUGGCAACAGGGUUCCACCCCCAGGGCAUUCUUGGGUACAGUUCCAGUCUAUAAUUAACUUCUCACUGGAAACAAGGACGAGAGUCAGCUCAGUAUCCAAAUGCAGUGUUCUGUGGAUUUUGGAGCAAAGGAAUCAAGUGUGUUUCACCCAAGAAAGGGUAGAUACAGUAAGAAGAAAAGGGCCUACUAAUAUGGUGAAUGCUGGGGAAAUGAACGGUUCUGGCAACCUGAUGGAUUUCCUGGAUGAGCCCUUUCCUGAUGUUGGGACAUAUGAGGACUUCCACACCAUUGACUGGCUAAGGGAGAAGUCCCGUGACACAGACAGACACAGGAAGAUUACCAGCAAAAGCAAGGAGUCCAUAUGGGAAUUUAUCAAAAGCUUGCUGGACGCCUGGUCAGGAUGGCUGGUAAUGCUCCUUAUUGGACUACUGGCAGGCACUUUGGCGGGAGUUAUAGAUUUAGCUGUGGACUGGAUGACGGACCUGAAAGAAGGCGUCUGCUUAUCAGCCUUCUGGUACAGUCACGAGCAAUGCUGCUGGACAUCCAAUGAGACCACUUUUGACGACAGGGACAAAUGUCCCCAGUGGCAGAAAUGGUCAGAGCUUUUGGUGAAUCAGUCGGAGGGUGCGAGCGCUUACAUUCUGAACUACUUUCUGUACAUUUUGUGGGCAUUAUCUUUUGCGUUUCUGGCUGUCUCCCUCGUCCGAGUGUUUGCGCCUUAUGCCUGUGGUUCUGGUAUUCCAGAGAUAAAGACCAUCCUAAGUGGCUUUAUUAUAAGGGGCUACUUAGGGAAGUGGACUCUGUUAAUCAAAACGGUCACCCUGGUGCUAGUGGUGUCUUCCGGCCUCAGCCUCGGGAAGGAGGGACCCCUGGUCCACGUGGCCUGUUGCUGUGGGAACUUUUUCAGCAGCCUAUUCUCCAAGUACAGCAAGAACGAGGGAAAGAGGAGAGAGGUCCUUUCAGCUGCAGCUGCUGCGGGGGUCUCUGUCGCUUUUGGUGCCCCGAUUGGGGGGGUCCUCUUCAGCUUGGAAGAGGUCAGUUACUACUUCCCCCUGAAGACCCUCUGGAGGUCAUUUUUCGCCGCCCUGGUUGCUGCCUUUACACUAAGAUCCAUCAAUCCCUUUGGGAACAGCCGCCUGGUCCUCUUCUACGUGGAGUACCACACCCCCUGGUACAUGGCGGAGCUCUUCCCCUUCAUCCUGCUCGGGGUCUUUGGGGGACUGUGGGGGACGCUUUUCAUCCGCUGUAACAUCGCCUGGUGUAGGCGGCGCAAGACCACCCGCCUGGGCAAGUAUCCAGUGCUCGAGGUCAUUGUGGUGACGGCAAUCACGGCCCUUGUCGCCUACCCCAACCCUUACACCCGGCAGAGCACGAGCGAGCUCAUCUCCGAGCUCUUCAACGACUGCGGGGCCCUGGAGUCCUCUCAGCUCUGCGACUACAUCACCGACCCCAACAUGACCCGGCCCGUCGACGACAUCCCGGACCGACCGGCCGGCGUCGGCGUUUACACGGCCAUGUGGCAGCUGGCUCUGGCUCUCGUUUUCAAAAUCGUCAUCACCAUAUUUACUUUUGGCAUGAAGAUUCCCUCGGGCCUGUUCAUUCCCAGCAUGGCAGUGGGUGCCAUGGCUGGAAGGAUGGUGGGGAUUGCCGUGGAGCAGCUGGCUUACCACCACCACGACUGGAUCAUCUUCAGGAACUGGUGUAGACCGGGGGCCGAUUGUGUCACUCCAGGACUUUAUGCAAUGGUGGGAGCUGCGGCCUGCCUAGGUGGAGUGACCAGAAUGACCGUCUCCCUGGUGGUGAUCAUGUUCGAGCUGACCGGCGGCCUGGAGUAUAUCGUCCCCCUCAUGGCGGCCGCCGUGACCAGCAAAUGGGUCGCCGACGCCUUCGGCAAGGAAGGCAUCUACGAGGCCCACAUCCACCUGAAUGGGUACCCGUUCCUGGACGUGAAGGAUGAGUUCACCCACAGGACUCUGGCAACGGACGUCAUGAGGCCAAGGCGAGGGGAGCCUCCGCUGUCCGUCCUGACUCAGGAUGGCAUGACAGUCGAGGACGUGGAGACGCUCAUCAAAGAGACGGAUUACAACGGCUUUCCCGUGGUCGUUUCCAAAGAUUCCGAGCGCCUCAUUGGCUUCGCUCAGAGGAGGGAACUAAUUCUUGCCAUAAAGAAUGCCAGGCAGCGGCAGGAUGGCAUCGUGAGCAAUUCCAUCAUGUAUUUCACAGAAGACCCUCCCGAGCUGGCCGCAAACAGCCCCCACCCCCUGAAGCUGCGCCGCAUCCUCAACCUGAGCCCCUUCACCGUCACGGACCACACCCCCAUGGAGACGGUGGUGGACAUCUUUCGGAAGCUGGGGUUGCGCCAAUGUCUGGUGACACGCAGCGGGAGACUAUUGGGCAUCAUCACAAAAAAGGACGUGCUAAGACAUAUGGCUCAAAUGGCCAACCAGGACCCGGAAUCCAUCAUGUUCAAUUAGGCAAACUCCCGCUUGCCGAAGCAACGGAAAUUACUUUGGAGAAAAUCUCUUUUAGGCAAACAUUGAGGCUGUGUCAUUUUUUAAAAGACACCAACCACAAAAGAAAAACCAUAACACAGCAAAGGGGUAGGCACCAGGAGAAAUAUGAAACAAAAUUCCAGCUGACAGGCAAGAGUGAAGGAUCUGACUUUUAUUACAUCUCUGGCAAGGCUAGCUUAGGAAUUGGAACUCGCAGUUCCAAGCUGAGUUUCCCUAAUGAUUGCACUCACAGCUCAGCUGCGCCCCAGAGAGAUGUAAAUUACAUGGACUGAAGAUGGAAGAGGAGAGGAAGGAAACACUAGAGCACCACACCAACCUAGAGAAUGACAGGCAGGGUGUGAAGAGCAAGCCAGUAUUUAUAACCUUAAAAAUUAAUGGAAAGCCUUGAAUGCAAAAGCAUAUAGGGAUACUUUGGGUAAACACGUUUAUUUGUAAUUGAAGUUAGGGGGUUCUUUUGGCUAUUGAACGAUUCUGAGGAUACUAGUCAUUUAUUUUUGUUUGAGAAAAAACAAAACAAAUGAAUGAAGUUGAACUGGUAAGUUUGCCAAUCAGUUCACCUGUGAAAAUCUUAAACCUUACUCCCCGAUCCCUGAAAUCCACUUAUUUGAGCUAUCCAAUGAAAUAUCUUAAUACUUCCUGCUAUCAUGGAUGUGUGCUAAAAUCAGUUACUCAUUUAUUAAAAUGAACCAUUUCUCUGUACAGAGAUCACAUAUUGGAUCUUCGCUAGGGAAUGUGGGAGUGUUGGAGACCAGCUCGUGAUUCAAAAAACCUAUACAAAGGGAAAUGUGCUUAUUUGACCAAAAAAUGAGGGCAAUAUCCCCAUUGACUUCAUCCUUGUAUCUUUUCUUCCAAUUGUCUACACAUUCUUUGACAUCAGUCAGUUUUAUCUUGGCACAAUAACAGGUUUUAAUGAGCUAAACCUAUUUGUCCACUAGCUCGCCACAAGCAGUCUCGCUAAAUUCCAAAUGGGAAGCGAGGAAGUCAAAAUUGGCCUGAAACUGUUAUUACCUCUUUCUUUCCAGAUCUUGUCAAUUGCUGCCCCAGAAGAGGAAGCAUAAAAGCUCACUGUGGGGAACAACUUCAAAUGGAUUGCAAGGCGGGUGCUAAAUUGGUUCUAAAUCCUUCUUAUCCUGUACUCCAUGGGAUGCAAAAUGUGAGGCUUCACAUCUGAGUGUGUCCUUUCAUGCAACCCACUCUCUGCCCUUCCCUCCCCAACCUGAAACAGGGUUUAUCUGUAGGUCCGGGAAAUAGAGAGUCAGUUUUUGUCCUGCUAGUUCGACCCUCCUAAUUAUACCAGCACUUUUGACACUUGUAUAAGUUCCACUUUGGCUUUUCCAGUCAGGUGGGUGUGUUGUUUUGGGAAAAAUAAAGGAAAUGAGGUAGCUCUUUGGCUUCACCCUAUGCAGGGCUGAGGAUGGUGGAUCGAAGAGGGGGACAAAAGUUCAUUAUUAAUUUCCCCAGAGUCCUUUUCACAUCCUCUUCCUGAUCUUUUCCCCUAACCUUUCCGGGGUCGAUCCGCAUGGAGAUCAAUCAAUUGUAUUUAUUGAGCACUUGUGUGCAGAGUACUGUACUCAGCAUUGGGA